UCCAACUUGUUGCGUAGUUAAUUCACCCCAAUAAUGUUCAUUCACGAACCCGACAGUUGGAAGAGACGGCGAAUGGGCGAUUACUGGUGUCACCUGUAAACCAACUACUUGUAGUUCUCGGCGGGAAAGUCGACGAAUUUCCUUUCCUACUUCCUCGCCCUUAUCUGCCUCAGUAUUUAUCGCCAAAUUGAACCCUGAAAAAAUAAACAGAAAAAAAUAAACGAGUUUUUCAUUUUUCUCAUCAUGGCAAAAUCUUACAAUCCCCAGACCCAAACCUACUCAUCUCCAAGACCGCCGGUUCAUCUCCCUACAAACCCCGAUCUUUCCCUCACCUCGUUCCUCUUCCACUCCACUCUUUCUUCCUCUAGCUCCGCCGCUCUUAUCGACGCUGACUCCGGCGAAACUCUAACCUUCCGGCAGCUCAGGAUCCGGGUGUCCAAGCUAGCUCACGCCUUGCUCAAGCUUAACAUUGUUAAAAGCGAUGUUGUUCUCAUUUUGGCCCCGAAUUCGAUCCAUAUCCCCAUUUGCUUCCUCGCAAUAGUCUCCACCGGCGCUAUCGCUUCCACUUGUAAUCCGGCGUAUACUGCUGCUGAAAUCUCUAAGCAAGUUAAGGACUGUAAUCCUAAACUCAUAAUUACCGUACCUCAGCUUCUCCACAAAGUAAAACAGUUCAAUUUGCCGUUAAUUCUUUUGAAUUCUACAAAUUCCGAUGAUUUAGCUUCAAACUCUAAGGUUUGGAAUUAUUCAGACUUGGUUCAAUUAUCCGGAGAAGUUUCCGAUUUACCGGUAAACGAUGUCAAACAAAACAACGUCGCUGCUCUCUUCUACUCGUCCGGCACCACAGGUACAAGCAAGGGUGUGAUAUUGACUCAUAGGAACUUUAUUGCCACAUCGCUUAUGGUGACGGCUGAUCAAGAUAGAUACAAGGAACCGCAAAACGUUUUCUUGUGUUUCCUACCUAUGUUUCACAUAUUUGGAUUUUCAGUAGUUACUUACUCGCAGCUUAGGAGAGGGAAUACUGUAGUUUCGAUGGAGAAGUUCGAGCUGGAGAAGAUGUUGAGGAGUAUCGAGAAGUAUAGAGUUACGCAUAUGUUUGUUGUGCCGCCGGUAAUGAUUGCCCUUGCGAAGCAGAACGCUGUGAAGCAAUUUGAUUUAUCGUCAUUGAAGGUGAUUGGAUCAGGGGCAGCCCCGUUGGGAAAAGAUGUGAUGGAGGAGUGUGCAAAGAAUCUGCCUCGCGUCGACUUUAUCCAGGGAUAUGGCAUGACAGAAACUUGUGGAAUUAUUUCAGUAGAGAAUCCAAAGGAAGGAACUCGACUCUCUGGUUCAACUGGGGUACUUGUUCCUGGUGUUGAAUCCCAAAUAGUUAGUGUAGACACAUCAAAGCCUCUUCCACCUUAUGAGAUAGGAGAAAUAUGUCUUCGCGGAGCAAAUAUGAUGCAAGGUUAUUUUAACAAUCCACAAGCUACAAAGCUGACAAUAGAUGGGCAAGGUUGGUUACACACUGGAGAUCUUGGAUAUUUUAAUGAAGGAGGAGAAUUAUUUGUUGUGGACCGAAUUAAAGAGCUCAUUAAGUGUAAUGGCUUUCAGGUUGCACCAGCAGAACUCGAGGGUUUACUGCUUUCUCAUCCUGAAAUAUUAGAUGCUGUUGUCAUCCCGUUCCCUGAUUCUAAAGCUGGGGAGGUCCCGAUUGCAUAUGUUGUUCGCGCCCCUAACAGCUCCCUUACUGAAGAAGAUAUUCAGAAGUUUAUAGCAGAUCAGGUUGCACCAUUCAAACGAUUACGCAGAGUGACAUUUAUAAACAGUGUCCCCAAGUCAGCUUCAGGAAAAAUAUUGAGAAGAGAAAUGAUUGACAAAGUCCGAUCCAAGAUCUAAAAAUACCAAAGUUAUAUUGUUAUAACAUAAAACAAGAAGGGUAUCUUUGGAAACAAAAAAUUAAGAAGGGUAUAUAUCUCCUACCCUUUCUAUACCUCUUGUUGUUAUAAUUGGCCCAAAUAACUUGGCCCUUCUUUACGCUGGUCAACUAUUUUAUGCACACAAUCUUCACUUGAACAAAUAACUCAAAGUUAAUAUGGAAAUUUGUUUUAAUUAA